GGCACCUUCUGGCGGUGGCGGCGGAAGCAGCCGGCGGGCGGCGGGGGGAGCGGCGGAGGCGGCGCCGCGGCAGCGCCAUGGCCAAGUGGGGCCAGGGGGACCCGCGCUGGAUCGUGGAGGAGCGGGCGGACGCCACCAACGUGAACAACUGGCACUGGACGGAGCGGGACGCGACCAGCUGGUCCAAGAGGAAGCUGAAGGAGGUGCUGGAGGGGCUGGUGGUGGAGGGCGAGGCCGGGCGCUGCGAGAUCGGCGACCUCAAACACGUGGAGGGCGAAGCGUCCUGCAACAGCCGCAAAGGGAAACUCAUCUUCUUCUACGAGUGGAACCUGCGCCUCAGCUGGAAAGGUACAGUGAAAGAGUCUGGUGAGAAACAUAAGGGAUCUCUUGAAAUUCCUAACCUGUCAGAAGAAAAUGAGGUAGAUGAUACAGAGAUAAAUGUUAGCAAGAAGAAAGGGGAAGGUGAUGUUCUGAAGGAGCUGAUGAGAACUGAAGGAACCACCAAAGUCAGAGAGGCCCUGAGGGACUACCUGAAAGCACUUAAAACAGAGUUCACCUUGGGAAUGAUUCUGCCAACAAAAGCUCCUGUAGGUCAGGAACUGGCCACGGAGCAAAAACCAAGUGGGAGCCCUGUGCAGGACUCUGUCACACCACAGCCUCUGGAUAUGGUUGGAGUAAAAAUUCCAACAGUGAGGAUACAUAUGAGGGAAGUCUUCAACUCUCCAGCUGAUGAACUUUACAGCAUCUUCACAAAGAAGGAAUUGGUACAGAAGUUCUCCAAGUGCCCAGCUGUGAUUGAAGCAGAGAAAGGAGGCAAGCUCCAGAUGUUUGAGGGCUGUGUCAGUGGUGAAUACACAGAACUGGUGCCCAGCCAAAGACUGGUCCUGAAGUGGCGGUGUAGGAGCUGGCCUGAGGAACAUUACGCAACCGUGGCCUUGACCUUCCAGGACCUGGCGGCUCAGUCGGAGCUGGAGCUGGAGUGCAAAGGGGUUCCUGUCUCCCAUGAAGAGAGUACAAGACAAUGCUGGAAGAAGCAAUAUUUUGAAGAAAUACAUAUUUUACUGCAGCAAUCAAAAGACAACAUGGAAUGAUAACAGCACUGUAGUUUUGUUAGGGCAUUACUUUUUAUACUUUGUUAACAUUUGGUUUUCUAAAAAAAGAAAAAAUAUAAUUUAUUUGUGGGAAGAAUAAAGACCCACUUCUAUGAGACUGUA